AUUUGGGAGAAGCGUUAUCGCAGUUGAAGCUUCCGGGAAAUUUCCUCACCACUUGAAUGAACGGAGUGACGCCUUUUUAAAUCAAUUAUUUAUGGACAAAUAUUAGAAGACCAGCUCUAUAUAUGACGGAGAAUAGUGAGGUACGCAUCCAGAUCUAGAAAUGACGGAGAAUAGUGAGGACGGAGAACAUCCAGAUCUAGAUAUGACGGAGAAUAGUGAGGUACGCAUCCUUUCUAAUUUCCCAGUCCGACCAUCCCCUCGCCCCGGCGAGGAAGACGGCGGUCGACUGAUCCAUCUCACUCCCUGGGAUCUGAAGAUGAUCUCCGUCGACUACAUCCAAAGGGGCUUGCUCUUCCUCUGGCCGCCAUCGCCGGACGCCGACGCAACCCUUAGCAUUUCCCGGCUCCGCGAUUCCUUCGCCGCUGCCGUCGACCGAUUUUUUCCCUUGGCCGGCCGCCUCUCCGUCGCCAACCUAUCCAAUUCCCCUCCUUCGCUUUCCAUCUCCCUCAAGUGCAACGACGAAGGAGCCGGCUUCAUCCACGCGUCCGCCCCAAGUGUGACCGUCUCCAGCAUACUCCACUCGCUCUAUGUGCCCCCCGUCGUGCGAUCCUUCUUCCCCCUUAACGGCGCUCUCAGCUACGACGGCCAUUGCUUACCACUUCUCGCCGUCCAAGUCACUGAGCUCGCCGAUGGGAUCUUCAUCGCUUGCUCCCUCAACCAUGCCGUGGCUGACGGCACUGUCUUCUGGAACUUCUUCAACUCCUGGUCGCAGAUCUGCCGAAGCGGCAGCUGUCCCGAGGUCAGCAGCCCCCUGGCCGUCGACCGUUGGUUCCUAGACUCCUGCAAUCCACCGAUCCGUCUCCCCUUCGGCAGCGCAAACGAUUUCAUCAGGAGGCCUGUCUACGCUCCCGUGGAGGUGUGCGCCUUCCACUUCUCAGCCGCCGAGGUGGCCAAGCUCAAGGCUACGGUGAACGCUGAGAUGGGCACCGACGGCCAAAUCUCCUCCCUCCAGUCUCUGCUCUCCUUCAUCUGGGUGUCCGUGACUCGGGCGCGUCGCCUCGAUCCUAACCUGGAGACGUUUUCCGCGAUUCUCAUCGGGUGCAGGACAAGGUUGACUCCCCCACUGCCAGAAAGUUACCUCGGCAACGCGGUCCACGUGGCCACGACGCGGAAGGUGACGGCAGGGGAAUUGCUGCAGCGCGGGCUCGGUUGGGCGGCGUGGCAACUCAACCAAACGGUUGCUUCGUUCAAUGAUUCCUCUGUGCGAAAUUACCUAACGGACUGGGUGGCGACGCCGUCGUUCGGUUACGCGGGCAGCAAGUCCAAGUCGAGUAACCUGGCAACGGGUAGUUCUCCGAGGUUCAAUGUGUAUGGGAAUGACUUCGGAUGGGGGAGACCGGUGGGCGUGAGGAGUGGAGCAGGAAACAAGGCAGAUGGGAUUCUGACUGUGUUUCCAGGGCCUGAGAAAGGGAGCAUUAUGAUGGAGGCGUGCCUUUCGCCCGAGACGCUUAGCGCACUAGUCAAGGACGAGGAGUUGAUGCGCAUGGUCUCCCGCAAUUAGCAAGUCUGCACAUCGUGCAACAUUUCCAAUUCCAGCAGUUAUCAGUACAAAACAUGAACGGAGAUGAUUUAGCGAAAAUUAUUAAAGGAGGGGCUUCACGCCACUGCGCGCCCAGAUGCGGGAGCAAAGGAGUAAGGUUAAUUUCCUUCAAGUUAAUAAGAAAGGAGGGGAUGUAAUUCAUGAGCUAGACAUUCUUAUUUCUUUCGCCCGUGAAUUUUAUAGUGCUUAAUGAUCAACUUUGUACGUGGUGGUAUGGGGAUGUAACAUUCUUAUUUCUUUAACCCGUGAAUUUUAAAGUGCA